UUACCAAAUUUGGUAAACGCUACGGCGAAACUGCCGGCAAAUACGCCGCAUCAUUGCCAGCCUCGUAAACCCUUGUUGCCUGCGUUUUGUGCUGUCAGUUCUGUUUUCGUCGCCCUCCCUUUUCACGUGUUCUUCGUUGACCGACGUCUCUCCCGUACUGUCAAAAACCGCCGUUUGUCAGUCGCGUUUUUGUUAUUCGCAUUUCAUUUCCCACAAAAACGACGGCAAUCUGAAGAAAAACGUCUUGCGAUCGUGUCGGUUGGCUUCUGUUCGCGGCUCCUCGCCUUCUGUAUAUUCUUGUGCCUGCCUCGAGCCGUUCGCUGUGGUCGUCGCAUAGCGCGAGCUCGAAUCCGAAAGAAUUUUGUUCGAAAUAAAGUUUUGUGCGGCUCGCACGUUCACACGUUCGCGGUCUUCGCCUUUUACGGAUACUCGCGCGGAAAAUUGCGAGGAAAGUCGCUCCUCUAAGAUUUCCUUAGCAUUAAAGUGGGAAAGCCCGUCGUGAGCCGAUUCUGUGUUUUGCCUAUUUCCUUAGCGUCAGAAACAGUUACUCGGGCAAUAAACGAUGUCGUUUCGGGUUGUGCGGAGUUCAAAAUUUCGUCAUGUCUACGGUCAGGCAUUGAAACGUGAACAAUGCUACGAUAACAUACGUGUAUCAAAAAGCAGUUGGGACUCGACAUUUUGUGCAGUCAAUCCUAAAUUUUUAGCUAUUAUUGUUGAAUCAGCUGGUGGCGGAGCGUUUAUUGUUUUACCACACAAUAAGGUCGGGCGAAUAGCAGCUGAUCAUCCUCUAGUUGGCGGUCACAAAGGACCUGUAUUGGAUAUAGCAUGGUGUCCACACAACGACAAUGUUAUUGCAUCUGGAUCAGAAGACUGCGUCGUAAAAGUUUGGCAAAUCCCAGACGGUGGCCUUAUUAAAACGCUUACAGAGCCUGUCGUUGAUUUAGUUUUUCACCAACGUCGUGUAGGCUUAGUGCUAUGGCAUCCGUCCGCUUUAAAUGUUCUCCUAACCGCAGGGUCCGACAACCAAGUUGUAAUUUGGAAUGUUGGAACCGGUGAAAUUCUAGUCCAUAUUGAUUCGCAUCCCGAUAUAGUCUACAGUGCAUGUUGGAAUUGGGACGGUUCGAAACUUGUGACAACAUGUAAAGACAAAAAGAUUCGUCUCUUCGAUCCACGAACGGGUGAGAUUGAAAGUGAAGCACUAUGUCAUGAAGGAUCAAAAGCAACACGUGCAAUUUUCCUUCGGCACGGUUUAAUUUUUACAACUGGCUUCAAUCGAUCAUCAGAAAGGCAAUACUCAUUACGUGCCCCAGAUGCAUUAAAUGAGCCCAUUGUCAUGGUUGAAUUGGAUACAUCGAAUGGUGUAAUGUUUCCACUUUAUGAUCCUGACACAAAUUUAGUUUACCUUUGCGGAAAAGGUGAUUCAGUUAUCCGGUAUUUCGAGAUAACCCCUGAACCACCAUUUGUACAUUAUAUCAACACCUUCCAAACACCUGACCCGCAACGUGGUAUUGGUAUGAUGGCAAAACGAGGAUGUGAUGUUAACACAUGCGAAAUAGCAAAAUUUUAUCGACUCAAUAAUAACGGCCUGUGCCAAGUAAUAUCAAUGACUGUACCUCGAAAAUCAGAUCUCUUCCAAGAAGAUUUAUAUCCAGAUACAUUAUCUGACGAGCCCGCACAAACCGCCGAGGAAUGGAUGAGCGGUAAUGAUGUUGAUCCAAUUCUGGUAUCCCUCAAAGAUCGUGUUUUACUUGUGCAGGGAGGAUAUGUCUCACAAUCUGGAAACAAGUCAUUAUCAGUUGCGAAGAAGUCGAAUAUCCUCGAUAAGAUACCGCCUAAGGGGCCCAAAGGAGCUAGCAGUGCUCUAAGUAUAAACGCUAACAAUGUCUCAAGCAGCAGCGGAGGCGGAGGAGGAAUAAGUGAAAAGGAUCUUAAAGAUAUUACGGAUGAAAUUCGUAAACUGAAGGCGAUUAUUGUGAAACAUGAAAAUCGUAUUCGUGCCUUAGAAGCAAUUGCCAAAAACGAUGACGAAAUCGACAUGGCUGCAGGUUCAGCUAGCGGGAAUUCAGCUCAAAGCCACUCAACGACAAGUAAAGAUAAGGAAUCAGAGAAUUCUACUGGCGGACAUACGAAUCUGGCACCGGACGAAGUGUAAAAAAAUAAUAUUUUGUUUUCAAAUUACUAUACAUUAUAUAAAAACAAUUUAUAUAAUUUUUUAAUUUUUUAAAAUUGUUUUAAUUGUAAGUAUUUAUAUUAAAAGAUGCAAAACAAAGUGGAGAAGUGAAAACUAUAAAGCAAAAUGAAUAUAAACUAAACUAAAAUCAAGGCCCGAUAUUUAAACUAAUUUUUACAGGGUGGUACAACGAAUUGGUAUAUGCAUUUAGUGCUUUAAUAAAACUGUACUGAAUAAGUUUUUUAUCGGUUUCUACGUUUCGUUGAAGAAACCGAAUAAAAUCUGUCGCUUAUGAGAAGUUUUUAAUAUUUAUUUCAAUUGAUUGCUUGUAAUUAAUUACACUGUCAUUGUUAUCAAGCAAAUGUUUUAUACUAGUUAACGCAGAAUGUUCCUUUAGGGUACAAAAAUGUCAGCCUCAUUUGUAUGUAUAUUUGUAAGAUAAAAAGUGGAAAAGUUCUGGAAAAAUUAAACUGUUUAAUCAAUAAAUCACAUUUUAUUCAAACUCAUUUCAACUGCAAUAACUUACCUCAUUCAAGAGGACAAUGUGAUUGCAACCUUAGGCCUGCAACGGCUACAUUUCGAGAAGAAUCUUUAAGUAAAUACAUUUUAUAACUGAAACAAAAUUAUAUUUUCCAUCGCACAUGCAGUGUGUUUCAUUCAACAUGGAUAGUUACGUUUGUAAAUAUUUGUAAUAACGGAUAUGAACCACUUCAGUCACCACUCUGGACUGUUCUUAAUGUUAUAAUGAAUAUAGUUAAUUAAAUUUAACCUUAUCCUAUAUUUACUGAAAGUUGUUAAGGUUUAAAAAAGAAAAGUCCAAAAAAUAGAAAUUAAUUUAAUUUGCCUUAUACCUUAGUGUAAUCAUUGAAUGUUUAAAGGAAUACAUCACGAGAAUAAUGUGUUUCGUUAAACGAACACUUGUAACAGAAUGUUAACAAUUCAUGCAGUUGCCUUUUUGUUAUUUUUGAUAACGACUAUUUUAAAUUACUUCCUACAUCGUAUUUUAUAAUAUGUAAAAUUAUAACGAGGAAAUUAUUAGACAAAAUUGUGUGAUGUAUAUAAUAUUUUACGCAUGAGAAGAACAGAAUGAUAAUUUUUUUUCGAUUUUAGCUAAAAUCAUCCUUUUUUGUUUGCGCUGUCAUAAUAAAAUUCUUUUUCUUAUUUUA